UCCUACACCUGCACAGUAACUAGGAGACCCUCGCCUUGACACUCCGAGAAGCGACACCUGAACUUGUUGCUUCACCUGUACGUCUACCACCUAAUUAACGUCACUGAAUGUCCUGUUAGCCGUGCUGGAGGGACAGGAGGAUGAAGGAUCCCAAUAUAUCCUUGGCCUCUAAAGACAAGGCCAUAAGACACAGCAUCAAAUCCUCGUCAUCAUCAAGGUUGACUCCAGACUCCAAGGCCUCCUCAGCCGCCACAGACAUGCAGGAGAGGGCCUCAGUCAGGACGCCGUCAGCAAAUAGCGAAACCUCGUCACUGUCUCCAAGUUACGUAAGGGAAGGGUCAGCUUUACUCCCUAACUCGGAAAAACUCACUCCAAAUGGCAGGAUUGAGAUGGGGAGCGGUAUGGUGGGUGUGCAGACUCCUGACGGUUCAGAGAGCGAGGAGUCGAGGAGCGGCAUGGCGUCUAGGAUGUCGAUGGGCGCCGUGGUGGAACAGCUGAUGGCGGGAGGCGGUAAGAGGAACCUAUCGUCCAGGGCCUCCACGAUCAAACACCAGAUUAAGAGGUUUGGCGGAGCAGUUCAGACGACGCAGCACCAGCAGGAUGGAGAUGAGGGCAUGAUCCACGGUGCCCCGACCAUCCGUCAGAUCACCACCUACGGCUACCACACGCCCUCCUUACCCUCCUCCCCCAGAGACACGCCAGUACAGGUCCACGAACCAACACCCCAAGAUGAGGAUUUCGUGAUGCCUUCGUCGUCUAUUUCCGCCGUGGUGGGCUUGGCCAUGGCGAAGAAGAAUUUACUCAGCAAACAGAAAAAUGCUGAGAAGGAAAGCGACGCUGAGAUCAGUCUACCUAUUGUGUUGCCAGAAGAGGGAGGUGAUGAUGGACCUCCUCCAGGUGAGUCUUCGGUGUCUGGGGCCACCAGCAGGCCCAACUCUGGAAGGAUUAGUGCAUCUUUGUCUAACGGCGUGAGAGGUUCAAGGUCUGGCGCUACGGGUACACCCACGUCAGGCGAGGCUUCGAAACCCGAGUCUGCCAAGAGCGGGUCUGUUGGUAAAUCUGCAAAGUCUCAGGUGAGGAGUAGGUCAAACUCGAGUGACAGGUCUUCGAAGUACGAGGUCACCAGUCGGCCAAGCUCGACGGAUAGAGCUGCAGCUUCGGGCGGUACAAGUAGACCGACCUCGAGAGACAGAACAUCAAGGCCUACUCUGCCCAGUCGACCAAACUCUAGAGAAAGACCUCCUCAGUCUGGCCGGAGGAGUAGACCAAACUCCAGAGACAGAGCUACGUCGCCAAGUGUCACCAGCAGACCGAACUCCAGAGAGAGGGCUUCAAAGACUGAUCUCUCCCAGAGACCGAGCUCAAGAGACAGAGCUUCAGAUAACACUGAUAACAAAAUCAAUUUAGAAACCGUGGACGAACAUAACGAGGCGCCCGCCAGAUCAACCACGGCGUCAUCAACAGGCCCGGCACCUGCUUUAUCCAGGCAGUCCCGGUCAGUGAUCGUCUCAGCUAAAAGAUUCCUCAAGAACGACACACAGUUCCCGUCUACGUCAGAUCUGUCAAGACCAACGAAAAUUCUCCGCCACUCAGCCGCCAGCUCGAGGUCCUUCUCACGAGCUACUGGGGAGAAUCAGGAUUCGAUUAAUUCGUACAAGAAAGUACCGAAGGAAAGUACAGCAGAAAGUAAUAAAAGUACUGAGACGGUCAAGGGUCCUCAAAAGGAGGAAUCUAAAGAACUCCAGAAAUCACAACAGUCAGUUGCUGGUGCGGCGACAGUUGCCGACAAUAAUGUUAAACUGAAGGACAGUCGGUCAGUAACAGAGAGAAAAAUGUUAGAAAAACUCGAUGCCACCGAGAAGCCCAAAACACAGCCGCUGCCUGAGGUCAGCGUCUUCACCGUGGACAUUCCGUUGUUGAUUGAUGACGGUGUUCCAAGACUCCAGACUCCCAAGCUGAUCAUCCCGAGGCCUGUGGACACAGAUGGUCAGGUCGUGCAGGAGUUAAAGUCAUUACGGUCCGCAAUCUCAGCCCUUGACGAGAAAGACGAGGAAGAUGAUGGAGCAUCAAGGAAUGGUUGCUCAUCCAGUUCAGGGAUCGAAAGGAGCCGAUCCCUCGUUGCUAUAACAGCGGAGGAGAAUUUUCUGUAUGUGCACGGCCAGACGCCCCGAUCAGGCUCCUCCUUGAGUCACAACUCAGCCUCUGAAGAACAUCCUGGACCACAAAUCAGUCACUCGACCUCCAGCAAUCAUUCACAAGAGACCCAGGUAAGGACAAUUUCUCUAGCAACCAAUAAGAGCGCAGUUAAAAUGAAUGAGAAACCCGGCAACCAAUCAGCGUCCAGCAAGCGGGCCAACGCGGACCAAUCAAUACCCCAGGAUGGAGUAGUGGGUAGCACGACAGGCGUGAAGAGUAGUGGCGGGAAACUCUCGGUGUCUGCCAGUGGUCCCUCAGACGUUGUGGUGAGCGGAGGUGCGGAGGAAAAUGACGCCAGUGAUCCUCAGAAAGUUGUACCUAAAGUGAAGGAAGAUGCAGGAACGAACAGCAGUGCUAAAGCGAAGGAUUCAGAGAAAGUUUUAAGCAGUGUCCCCCAACAUGAUCCUGAGGCAGUUGUUCCUCCCAGCACAAAUGUUGCAGGUCCGUCACGUUCCACUGACCGCGUGGUAGGUCCGAGUACAUCCUUAAGGGGGGAUGUAUUGGUAGAAGCUCUGGUGGAGUCAGCAAAGUCAAAUUCUGGCGACAAGACGAGUGUGCCCACCUCACCACGUAACAGCGCCAUGCCCUUCCAGACGACACCCCGCGGGACCUCCCUGUCAGCCGUGGAGGUCCCUGAAGGUACACUCUCCACCGUGUCUCUCGCUGUCUCCAAAAAUGAGUCAGGAGUGUCGCGCCCGCUGGCGGUGCGUGACCAUGCCAGUGCCACAACUGGGAUCUUCGAUCGUCUCUCUUCCACUAAAGGGAGCCUUUGGCAGAAAGCUCAAGUGCCCUUAGUGGUGAAGCCAAGUAGUGACCCUUACUCCCGGGAGCCCAGAGAGUAUGAGGACUACAUGCCCAGGGAGGCCGCGCGACCACUGCUACAGCGGCGUGGAUCACUCGGCAAGAUAGAUGUGAAUAAUUCUUAUGAUGACGAUUACUACGACGAUGAUGACUAUGACGACAGAUCACUCCAGAACUGGAGGUCGAGGGUGAGAGAGAGCCGCGGGGCGCAGACCGUCAGGGUGAAAAAUCAACAACCUAGACACAGCAUCCUGAAGAAGACGGACACGAGGCCGACUCAGAAGAAAGAGGAAUUUCGUUCUUCAUUGAAGGAGAGAAUCCAUGAGGACUUUAGAGACAGUCCGCCCAUCAUCAUCGCCAGCGGACUUGUGCCGAAGAACCUGGAGAGUCUCACCUCUGAGUACCAGGCGGCUCACCAGGGGGAGAAAGACGAGGGCGCCAACAGUAACUCGGUCAACGGGUAUAAAGUCUCCGACACAGCUGGGACUGCCCCCUACGGCGCCAACACCACUAGCAGCUACAACAGCUACCCUGCCAACGGCAACAAUCGGAUUGGGAACGCCGCCGGCAGCAGGAACUACCCGACGAAAGACAGGGAUCAGUUUCACGAGCGAUACCUUGAACCCGCCUCGGGGACGUCAGUUACCGCCCCUCUCGUCGCAUCGCAACAGAAACAAAACAUCGGGGACGUAUUCGACCGGCUGCACAGCAACCGACGGAGCGACGUUCCCACAGUCGCCUCCAGGAAACCCGAGAUUAAGCCAAAACCUAAGACCAUCCCCCCCAAGGCUCGGGACCCGGGUGUCACCAGCACCAUUAAGGGACCCGCCCCUGAGCCUCAGCGACGCCAGCAGCAGCAGCAGAACACCAGCAACGAUGUAUUUAGUAGACUAUAUCAGAACGCCCCCUCCAGGAAGCGGAGAGAUGAGAUAUCCGAGCCAGUCCGGUUACUGGAGGUACCUGGAGCCCCCUCGCACCAGCUGGUUGACUCAGCCCCCCCGCCCCUCCAGGACUCCAUCAGGGGCUCCCCACGGGGCACCAAGGACUACUCCUCGCUAUCUAUUGGUCGACAGGGGCGAUCCGACACCCACCUCAACAUGCCCAUGUCGGGAGGUUUGCAGGACGACGAUAGUUCAGGGCUGGCCCCGGAUAUCGUGGUUGACGACAUGGGGGAACCCACGCCAGUCCAUCGGGGCAGGAAGGACGACGAGGCGUAUAAGAGAGGUGGGGGGGGUGGCAACGACAAGCUUCCCAUCGUCCUACUACAGGGCUUCUUCAGGGGCCUGGGGAGCCAGGUCGCCGCAUCAUCGUCGACCCUCCUUUAGUGUGAGUGAGCUAACGUUACCGCCUCACCUGGUGGACGUGACAUCUGUGUUACGGGGAGCGUUACCUGUGUUACCUCGCUCCCUUGCUGCCCUCUGCCUCACCC